ACAUACACCCAUGAACAAAUUGUAUUAUAUAUAUAAGAUUACUGAACAUGAUCACACCCAAUUGAAAGUAGCAUCUAUAUUCAUCAUCUCUAAGUAACAAUCCAUGGAAGUCACUCUCUUCAUAUACCUUCCUCUGUUUUUAUCCUUCUAUUUCCUGGCCCAAAAUUUUGUCCGCAAACUCCAAAACCUCCCACCAAGCCCUUUCCCAACUCUACCCUUGCUCGGUCACCUCCACCUCUUGAAGAAACCGAUCCACCGAACCCUAUCCAAGCUCUCCGACCGCUAUGGCCCGGUCCUUCUCCUCCGGUUCGGCUCUCGCCGCGUUCUCCUCGUCGCCUCCCCAUCAGCCGCCGAAGAAUGCUUUACACAAAAUGACAUCGUCUUCGCAAACCGCCCCCGGCUACUCGUCGGAAAACACCUCGGCUACAACUUCACCAGCAUGGCCUGGGCGCCCUACGGCGACCACUGGCGGAACCUCCGCCGCAUCGCCUCCCUCGAACUUCUCUCCUCCCACCGCCUCCAGAUCCUCUCUCACAUCCGCGUCAACGAAAUCCAAUCGCUGAUCCACCGGCUGUAUAAAGACUCCGCCGUAAAUCCUGAUCAGGCGGUGAACAUGAAAUCGGCGUUCUUCAAGCUCACCUUCAAUGUCAUGACGAGGAUGAUUGCAGGGAAGAGGUACUACGGGGAGGGUGUGGAGAACUCGGAGGAAGCGAAGAGGUUCCAGGAGAUUGUCUCAGAGACAGGGCAGUUGGGAGCGGAAAAGAAUGUGGGAGAUUUCUUUCCAUUUGUGAGGUGGUUUGGGAUUAAAGGGUCGGAGAAGAAGCUAAUUGAUUUGCAUGAGAAGAGAGAUAAGUUUAUGCAGGAUUUGAUCGAACAACAUCGGUCUAAUGAAUCUGGAUUCGGUGGUGGUGAGAGAAAAAGGACGAUGAUUGAAAUUCUGUUGUCUCUUCAUGAUACAGAACCUGAAUACUACACAGACGAGAAUAUCAGAAGCCUUAUGCUGGUACUAUUACAUGCAGGGACCGAUACUUCAGUUGGAACUAUGGAGUGGGCAUUGUCAUAUUUGCUCAACAAUCCGGAGAUUUUAAGGAAGGUACGAAUUGAAAUUGACAAUUGUGUUGGACAAGACCGGUUGAUUGAUGAAUCGGAUUUGAUCAAACUUCCUUACCUCCGUUGCAUUAUCAACGAGACAUUGCGGAUGCACCCAGCAGCCCCUCUACUCAUACCACAUGAAUCAUCGGCUGAUUGCACCGUAGGAGGUUUUCACAUCCCUCGCGGCACAAUGCUACUGGUGAACAUGUGGGCCAUACAAAAUGAUCCCAAGAUUUGGGUGGAUUCCAACAAGUUCAAGCCUGAGAGAUUUGAAGGGUUAGAUGGGUCAAGAGAUGGGUUCAUGUUGAUGCCUUUUGGGUCCGGAAGGAGGGGGUGUCCUGGGGAGGGGUUGGCCUUGCGCAUGGUUGGGUUGGCAUUGGGCUCACUGAUUCAAUGCUUUGAUUGGGAAAGAAUUAGCAAUGAAAUGGUUGAUAUGACUGAAGUCGGUGGGGUCACCGCGCCUAAGACUCAACCAUUGAUGGCGAAGUGUAAGCCACGUCCAAUAAUAAUGAAGCUUCUCUCUCACAUUGGAGCCAAUUUGGUCCCAUGAACAUGUUAAAAUUGUGUAAAUAAGUGAUUAAGAUGCAAUGACACUCUUAAUUCACAAAACUCAGUAUAGUCACUCCAUUCAUACAUUUGUCAUCCCACAAUUUUCUCUUCCAUUUACAUGCUUUAUGAUGAAAAAUGAAGUUGCUAAAGUAA